AGAACAGCUCUUCGUACUAUACUAAUUUUUUUGUAGGUACGGCUCUUCAAUACUCUACUAAACAUUUUUUUGAGUAUAGUACGGCUUUUCAUACUCUACUCAUACUCACAUUUUAGUAUGGCUCUUCAUACUCUACUCAACGUACUCUUGCGGUUUAGUACGGCUUUUCAUACUCUACUAAACAUACUCUUUGAGUUCAGUACCUGACCUCUGUACUCUACUCAGGUGAGUAGAGUAUUCACCUCUCUCAUACUCUACUCUACUCAGCCGUUAGUACAGGUUCUCCAUACUCUACUAAACAUACUAUACUAUACUAAACAUUCCCGUGCAAAAUUCGGCCUUUUUCAGGCCGACUGAGGAAGUAUUGUAAUACUGCUGUGUAGUAAACGGGCCAGUGGUAGCAACGCACGAGCCUACUGCAGAUGCUGCCGGACCCACCCGUCUACCCCUUUGGGAGCACAUCAUGAUUCGUCCGUCAUCAGCACCUGCAGUCCUCCGGAGAAGGCGGCCCAAGACGGCCAACCUCAACGGCCGCCGGAUUCGACGACGGUUUUCUUUGCGUCCGGUCGCCAACGCCAUGAUCAACCUGCUUCUCGUGGCCGCCACGAUGUCCGCUGGAGAAGAAACAACGGAUAGUGUCUCUUCCUUCGAUGACCCUGCAUCGAAGAAAAACUCGGAACUUCGACGAAUCCUAGAAGGAACGGCAACGACGGCUCGGAUUAGACUUAACGCAGCCACCACCCUCGCCCAGGGCAGAAGGAAGCUCUACCAUCUCCACGUCAGCGAGGCAGGAGAGCCGUGCGAUAGGAACCCGUUGUGGGAAAAGCAGCCGAACCCAGUGAACUAUAAGUUCGGUUGCCAAGAUAUCGAGGUGAGCGCGUCCGGCUUGAUGCCUACCUCUUAUUCGGAGUGA